AUGGAAAGCACCACUACCGCAGCGCCGUCCAGCGACAGUGAUGACGAAGCGGCCCAGUUCAAGCUGCUCCUUACAGUGCUCAGCAUCCUGGUGCUGACCUUCCUUUCCCAAACCUUCACAGGUCUUAACAUUGGGCUCAUGUCCCUGGAUACGGCGCAGCUGCAAGUUCUCAUAGAUGUGCCGAACAAGGACGAGAGUGCGAUGGACUCCGCGAGAUACGCGCGAAAGAUAUUGCCGCUUCGCCGGAAGGGGAACCUGCUGCUUUGCACGAUUCUCCUGGGGAACACUGCAGUCAACGCCUUGAUGGCACAGCUGCUUGCAGACUAUGCAGGCGGCUUCAUCGGCUUCCUCCUGACGACUGCGAUUAUCGUCAUCUUGUGCGAGAUCGUCCCGCAGUCGGUGUGCACCCGGCACGGCCUCUUCCUGGGGGCAGCCGGAUCGCCCAUCAUCAAACUGGCCAUGGUGCUGUUCUACCCGAUCACGAAGCCGUAUGCAAUCGUCCUGGACCAGCUGUUCCCACAGCGAGAAAAUCUUUUGGACCGGAGUCAGCUCCAGGCGCUGGUAGAGUAUCAGAAAUCUGCGGCCCCUGGCAUGCUCGUCGAGGGGCAAGCGGAGAUGCUCAUAGGUGCAUUGGGAAUGACCCAGAAGACUGUUUCUGAGGUGAUGGUCCCUCUGCAACGGGCGUGCUGCUUAAGCCUCAAGGACGUGCUCGACUUCGCGUUCAUCGCAAGCGUGAUUCAGCGCGGCUACAGCCGCUUCCCAGUGGUGGAUCCUGCCUCUGGACAGGUGGUUGGCCUGCUCCACUGUAAAGAUCUGCUGAGUCUGCGAGUGGUUGAUGACGACCCUGUGCACAACGUGCGAGACCGGUCUACCUGCACUGUUGGCGAGCUCCUGGAAGCACUGCGCGUUGCGGGCCGAGAGAGGCAUAUCUUCGUGUGCGGGAAAAACACAACGCUGAUGGCUUUGUUGGCAGAGUUCAAGCGUGCUCCGCAUCUGGCAGUCGUCGCCGACAGUGCGGCUGAUGGAUUGGCACCCGCAGAUACUCGACACGUUGGCAUUGUGACCUUGCAUAACAUCUUCGGAACCAUCCUGCAAGCCCAGGUGGGCUUCUCCGAGGAUGACGGGGGCAGCCCCAGGAGGCAUCGAAAGGCUGGAGCGCUCCAGCUUUUUGAUCGCGCUCGGUUAGAGCAAAUGGCAGUACUCGCCGAGCCUUUGGGUCAGGAUGAAGCUGGGGCGGUGAUGUCCUUCCUGGGCGCCACACUGCCGGGGCUCUUCUCACAGCAUGCGCUCAGCCAACGAGCUUUGUUGCAGCUCCUAGAGUCCUUACACCCUCGGCAGAUCCCAAAGCGAACGCAGCUCUACCAAAAAGGCAAAGAGACGGAUGUCGUCACGUUGGUUCUUCAAGGUGCGCUGCACCUCACCAGCGGCCUCGACGACUGCGAGAGCUCUGCCGGGCCGUGGGCAGUGCUGGGCAUCGGGCAGCUGCAGCCCAAGGCUCCAGACCCGUAUGUCUCGGAUUUCAGCGCCAUCGCCGUCACGGACUCCUUUGUCCUGGAGAUCCACCGGCACAGCUACCUCAAAGUGGCAGCGUCCCACCGCACAAGCCAUGUGGACGCCUUGGCAUGA